UCCGCAAGAGUGCACUGCGAUCGGUUUGCAAAGACAACAUAGGAAUUGUAAGAUUUUUUGGCGUCGUGUUUGCAAAAAAUCGCUUAAAAAAGCAACUUUUAUUGCAAUUACUCAAUCAAAAAUACUCAUAAAAUCUCUGGAGUGUGUUCUCAGUGUGAUUGUGAGAGGUGUUUUGGUGAAAAACUCAGUGGAAAGUGGUGUUUUUGGUGUUUGAAGAAUACCCAGAUCAUUUGACAACUGGCAAGUGUUUUUCGUGGAAUUUGGAAUUCCAUUUAAACGCCUUUCUCUUCAAUUUCUCUCGAAUUUGGUGCAUUUUUUGCUUUGGAAAAAGAAAAAGUGUACAGAAAUGAUUGCAGUUUGAUCAAUAGUCAUCCACCAAAAGUGUCUAAGAGAGAUAAAUUUGUGUUUUAAGUGAUUUUGCUGCAUACUGAGUUGUGUGGGGUUUCAUUCAUAAACUUUUAAUCACUUGUUUAUGUUUCUACACCCAGCAAUUGAUACGGAACUGAAUAAAAACAUCAGCACGUUUUCAUGAUAAACGCAACUUAUUAAAAACAAUUUCUUAAUCCCUCCCUCAUUGUGUGAGUUUUUUGCAUAAAUAUUACACUUUUUGAAAAAUUAAUUUUAAACAAUUUAACUUGUAAUAUUAUAAUUUAAUUGCUAUUUUAUUAAAAAAAAGCUUUACGAUUUUUAAUAAGAUUGAUAUAAAAGUUGUUAUUAUCUUUGUUUUCUUCGGCAUAAACGACAUUACCCUGAAGAGCGAAAGACAUGUAACAAAUUCGAUGACAACGUUGAAAGAGUUCAAAAAUGGUUUUCUGUGGAAUCGCGAUGUCUCUUUCGUGUGGUUUAAUGGAGUGAGACAGUAAAUAAUGUCUAUGACAUAUGUGUAAAAGAGACAGUAUAUCUGAUAAUGUUUUUUUUUUGACGAAUAAACAAUGACACAUCGGUACAUUCAUCAAAUAUCCAAAUCACAUACAAUUGAAUUGAAAGGAUGAAGUGGGAGUAAAUUAGAAGAAAGAAUGGUAUCUUAUGGAAUGUUGACCGAUGGUGUAGCAAAUUCUGUGAAAAAUUGCGUAAGAAAAACAAGCAGAUCAAAAUAAUCCAAAGACACAUUCUUGGGAAAUUUAUAUUCAUUCACGAAAAUAGGAAAAGAAAUACGCGUAAAAUAUUACUUUCUCCUGAGUUCGUAUCUGGCUCCGCCCCGCUUUUUGACAUUGGUGUGAAAGAGAUGGCAGCAAAAUGGGGAAAAGAGUUGACUAUUGAUGAGAUGGAGAUUGAAAGAAGGGGAAAUACUUGUGUGGCUGAAGCGAAACAGUCAGUUUGCUUUAGAGUCUUGAGAAAGUUAGUUGCGGUUGUGUUCGAAUAUCAAAUUCAUAUGGAAAAGUGAAAAUUUUGUGUAAUUUUUGCCAAAUUUGCUUUUUCGUAAAAGUCUAGUCACGUGUCAAAAAUUUCUAAAUUUUGACAGUAAUUUGAAAAUUCAGUGUGAUUUGAAUUCCAAAGACAGUUGUUAAACGAAAAAAAGAAAGAAAAACCUGUGUGAAAGUCGAAAGUAAAAGGAUUAUUUAAAACUGAUUCUCGCAUCGUCUACUGUCAAUGUUGAUGGUAUUUCUCGAUGAAUAAUCCAUUGACACGUUGAAUACAAAUACAAAUGUGUCGCAGUGGUGUUGAAUGAAUUUUACACUUCAUUGCGUAAUUAUCAACAUUUCCUGUGCUGAGAGAUAUUAAUUGAGACGAACACAUCAUCUCGGAAGUUGGGCAUUUUAGUGGAAAUUUUACUCAUGUGACAGAUUUUCCGGUAAAUUUAUUCAAAAGUGUAAACAAAUUGCGGUUAUAAUUCAGCAGUAUUUCAUUAAUAUUCUCCUGUCAGGACAACGAUCUCCAUUUAGAAGACAAAAUAAUGAGAUUGUCUGAGUUUGAAGGUGUGUGAGAAUAGUGUGAGAUUAAAGCCGACGAGGAGAAUCUCAUGGGGCAGCUCUUGAGUGUCCCGGGCAGGAAGCGUGACACAGACGUUGACAAGAGUGAACCAGGAAGGGAUAAGUCCGGGGAAAAGCGAAGGAGUUUGGUGAUUUGGGUGCGAAUGAAGAGGAUGGAGUCAGAGAAGAAGACACAGAAAAAGUGUACCUGUCCGUAUGAGCGACCAACGCUCAAAACGGAUGAGGUGAUUAAGAUGGAAUCCCAGGAGGGUGAUGAGAAGAUUCAGGAGGCAUCUGAGGAUAAAUCAAGAGGACCUGGAGUUGAGAUAAUUGUGGGUGGUGGUGGAAGCUUUAAUAAUAAUACAACAAGCACACCAAUCUGUGAUAUGGGAUCAAGUGGGAUCAAUGCAAAUGGCAUUGAUGAUGGGGGGCAGCACAGAACUGUGAUAAAUCUCAUCAACAACAACAGCCAGGCGUCCAACAUCACCAUCCAGGAGGCUAGAAAUGACAAUGAUAGUCUCAUUAAUCGAUUAUCGGUGCUCAACUUUUCAAGUGGGGCCACACCAAAGGAGCCUGAAAAGACCACCAAGGGACAGCAAGAAGAUUCCACUCGAGAUUGUUCGCAGUGUGUUAAGAAAUUACUGUCUACUAGUGGACUAAAGCACAAGCUCUGCAAACUCUGCCGUUCGCACAGUUGCAGUUCGAGCGUAUGCAAAGAGAGUGGUUCUAAGGAGAAGCCUAAAAAACAAAAUUGGAGUCUCAAGUUUAAUUGUGCCAAAAUGAAGAGUUCCAAGACAACACCAGCUGUUGCCACUGAAGAAAAGGGGAAUGUGUGCACAUGUCGAAAGGGUAAAGAUGGUAAUCCUCGUCCAGUGUCAUCCCCACCCCAAAUUAGUCCAUCAGAAGCCAUCCCUGCUGAAUCUACCACCCGUCCAGCCUCUUCACCGGCUUCUGUGGCACCAGCCACCACGUCAAAUGUCAUCCUUUCCACGCAAUCUGUUCAGGUUUUUCCUGGACAGCACACUGGUGCCACGGGCACGGGGACUCUGCUGUUGCCAGAUACAGCUUUUCAACCACUACAGCCACCCACAACAACCACCACUACAACAGUAUUGAGGUCCAAUGGGCAGCUGAUUCAUAGGAUUGAACAUACGGCAUUCUAUGGGAGUUUGCCGAGUACUCCAGGUGCUGGAAAUCUUUUGGUCUUUAUGAAUCAACCACAACUUUUAGACUUCUCCAGGUUCAAUCCAGAUGACUAUCCCACUGAGGAUUGUGAUGAGCAGGCGCGUCUACAGCGUGAGCGGGAGAUUGAAGAGGGCGUAGAAGCACCACCGGGCUUUCGUCCUCGUCUCACAGAAACUCCUUCUAUCAUUACACCAUCCGUGAUUAAUCCCACUGCUGCUUCAAUGGUGCAUUGGUCUCCAUUGGGUUCUACUACAAUUCAGAGCCUUAUACAGGCCAAUCGGGGCGCUACGGCAGCUGCCACGCCUGGACUUUACACCUUGGAUGACAUUCAGCAUCAUCAGCUGGCCAUGUUGAGUCAACCGCAGAGAAUUCACUCUCAAGUGGAUUAUAUUCACUGUCUGGUGCCGGAUUUGCAGAAAAUCACAGCAUGUAGUUUCUACUGGUGCAAGAUGGAUAGGUAUCAGGCGGAAAAGUUACUGGAUGGAAAGCCAGAGGGAACUUUUUUGCUCAGGGAUUCUGCCCAGGAGGACUUUUUGUUUUCAGUGUCCUUCAGGAAGUACGGAAGAUCUCUGCAUGCACGCAUAGAGCAGUUUAAUCAUUCAUUUAGUUUUGACAGUCACGAUCCGGGUGUUUUUACGGCGACAACGGUGACUGGAUUGCUGGAGCACUACAAGGAUCCUCUUUGUGUGAUGUUCUUCGAGCCUCAGUUAACCCUUCCGUUGAACAGAAAUUUCUGCUUUAGCCUGCAGCAAUUGUGCCGAGCGGCCAUUGUCAGUCGUAUCACGUACGACAAUAUCAACGAAUUGUGUCUGCCCAGUAGCCUCAAGGCCUACCUCAAGGAGUACCACUACAAACAGAAAGUACGCGUUAAGCGUUUCGAUGAGUAUCCAUUUGAUGGCACCGCCUCCUAGGGGCGCGCUAGGCUGCGGCGUCGAGUCCGUGAAUUGUUCAACGGCAAGUGGAAGUAGGGGGUCUUUAGGAUGAGGUUCCGGGCACAUCAUUUAUGCAUUUCCCGGUGACUGUGUUUGAAUUUUUUUUCAUCUGAUGGUAGGAAUUGUAGAUAUGGCCACGUGUGGUAAUAAUUUUGAAUAGAAUGCAAAGGAUAUUUAUUUGAUUUUUAAAAGAAAAGCACAUUUCACAAAACAAAAAUUAAAUUUUUUAAAGUUCAAGGUAUUCCGAAGUAGAAUUUAGCUUCACGUUUCAUGUGAAGGCUAUAGUUCGUUCUUUUUUUAUUUUAAAUUUUCAGUAGAGAAUUUAAUGAAAAAAAAAGAAGUUUUCCAGUGAAAAUAUAAUCAAAAGAAUAUUAAAAAUAGAUAUUCCUCACAGUCCUCCAAAAAUUAUGUCGAUGGGAUGGAUUUUUAAAAAUUCUUCCCAGAAUUCAACAAAAUUUUAAAUUUAUGAUCAAGCAAGAGUAUUAAAAAAAAAGUAGUAACAAAAAAAAUUAAGAAAAAUUAUUCAAAUGAGGCAAAAUCUGAUGAUUGCCAGGAGAAUAGUAACAAAUCCGAGGGAUUAAUUCUCUCGUGUUUAUCACAAAAAAAAAGUAGAUUAUUUAGAUAAAAUGAAAAUAGUAUAUAUUUCAAAAGUAAUUUUAACAAAAGUAGCUAAAACAAAAUAAAUGAAUGUUUCUAUUUUUAUCAAUAAAAAAAUAAUGGUCAAUGAAAAAUUGUCCUAAUAUUUGGACCAUUGACUGUUCAUAGAUACAUUUUCUGUUUUUAUUUUCUCAAUAGAAUGGUAAUUUAGAAAAUAUUAUAGUCGAAGAAUUAUAAACUAUAUUUAACAAUAUAUAUUAUAAAAAAACUAUUUUAAGAUGUUCUCUUACAAGACAAAAAAAAAUCAACAAAAACUAUCACAAAUUUAGGGCACUAGACAUUAUUUAAAUAAAUAAAAAAAUGAGAUUUUUCCCCAUGUAAAGUAGGAAAUAUUUAAUUGAACAAAAUGAAAAUCCCAAUAAAAUGUUAAACAAUCA